GAUAAGAUUUUCCUGCGUUGGCAAGGCAAUUCUAUCUCGUCUUCUCUUGUUGCCAUAUAGAUCAUAAAUGUUCGCCUGCCUGCGUUGGAAUUGGUAAGACGAGAUGGCGGAUCAGAACUCGAAGGGCGAAGAUUUCGUUCAGAAGGCGGAGAAGAAGCUAUCGGGAUGGGGAAUCUUCGGAUCCAAGUACGACGACGCCGCCGAUUUGUACGAGAAGGCCUGCAAUUGCUUCAAGCUCGCCAAAAACUGUACUUCUUUUGCCUUUUUCCUAUCGAUCCCUUCUUUGCCGAUUUGGAUUCGCAUGUUUUAUAGGAUUUUUAUGUUUGUACAGAUAAAUCAGUUUUCCGAUCAUUCUUCUUGCGAAUAUUCAGUUCAGAAUCAGGAACGAAUCAGGAAUCGCUCUUGUCAACAUUUGAAGUUAGAAAGCAAGCAUGAAGCUGCCUCUUCUUAUGUUGAUGCAGCAAAUUGUUACAAGAAAAUCUCAAUUCAAGAUGCAACAGAGUCAUUAAACCAAGCUGUCAACAUUUUCUUGGAGAUUGGUAGACUAAACAUGGCUGCAAGAUAUUGCAAGGACCUUGGUGAGUUAUAUGAGCAAGAACAGAAUCCGGAGAAGGCUAUUGAGUACUUUGAACGAGCUGCUGAUCUAUUUCAAAGUGAGGAAGUGACAACUUCUGCUAACCAAUGUAAUCAAAAGGUUGCACAGCUAGCUGCUCAACUAGAACAAUACCCUAAGGCAAUUGAAAUAUAUGAAGCAAUUGCGAAACACUCAAUCAAUAAUAAUCUUCUCAAGUACAGUGUUAAGGGGAUUCUUCUUAAUGCCGGAAUAUGCCAAUUGUGCAAAGGUGAUGUUGUUGCAAUUACAAACGCAUUAGAGAGAUAUCAGGAAAUCGAUCCUACUUUUUCAGGGUCAAGGGAAUGCAAACUUUUAUCUGCAUUAGCAGAUUCAAUGGAUGAGGAAGAUGUUGGGAAAUUUACAGAAGCCCUUCAUGAGUACGAUAGUAUGACGAGGCUGGAUGCUUGGAAAACCACACUUCUGUUACGCGUGAAGAAUGCCAUCAAACAAAAGGAAGAAGAGGAAGACGAUCUCACCUAAUUCAUUCCUACCAGAUAGUAAUAGGAUUGCCUUCAUCUUCGUCUGUACUCGCACAUACUAUAUCUCAUUACACGCGCGUUGUCAUUCAUUGCUUGUUUAUGGUUGUCUUGGUUUGAAGAGAUUGGUUUGAGUGUACGAGGUUAAUACGUUCAGGUUGUGUGCAACUACUUACUCUUAACCCAGAAGACAGGCUAAAUUAUGUUCAACAAUACGGGUGGGCAUUUGCCGACUUGCUCCUAUUUCAACAUUUAAUUCUACAAUAA